UCUGUACCCGGCUUUCACGUGGCUCAUUCUACCCGACCGACGCAACGAGUAUACCCCUUUCUAUAUUUGGAAACAAAGGCACCAGUAUGAACAAAGAAGAACAUGGUUUUCGGGUUUACAAUACCAAUACGGUUCACAAAAACGAAACGCGUAAGAGAGAAAUGUUUCAGCGGAUUGAUGAGAAGGAUGGUAUUAAAGAAUAUGACGCGAAGGAUCUUUAUGGUCCGGAGAUAACUGAUAAAGAUGGGGCCUUGUUGGAUGCUCACGACAGUUUCUAUAUCACCACAAAGAGUUUGCUUGUGCUGUUUCAAAUUAUGGGAGUUAUGCCUAUCAUGAGAGUGCCGAAAAGUAAAUAUUUCAUGAUAACCACUUUCAAUUGGAUUUCAAAGGCAACGCUAUGGGCCUACUUAGUAUGGAGUUUAGAAUGCAUCAUAGUAGUCAAAGUGGGCCGGGAACGCUUAGCGAACUUCCAAAGCAGUUCUAAUAAGAGAUUUGAUGAAGUCAUCUAUAAUAUUAUAUUUUUGAGCAUUUUGAUCCCACAUUUUCUUCUGCCUAUCGCAUCUUGGAGGCAUGGGCCGCAAGUGGCUAUAUUCAAAAAUAUGUGGACACAUUAUCAGCUCAAAUACCUAAAGAUCACUGGCACCCCCAUUGUGUUUCCGAACCUGUAUUCCCUAACUUGGGGUCUCUGUGUGUUCUCAUGGGGUCUCAGUUUUGCUGUGAUACUAUCUCAACAUUACUUGCAAGAUGACUUCGAGUUGUGGCACUCGUUUGCUUAUUAUCAUAUCAUUGCUAUGUUGGAUGGAUUUUGUUCUUUAUGGUACAUAAACUGCAAUGCAUUUGGCACCGCAUCCCGCGGGCUUGCCAUGAAUCUGCACAAGGCUCUGGAAGCUGAACACCCGGCGCUCAAAGUGGCACAAUACCGACAUCUGUGGGUCGAUCUCUCGCAUAUGAUGCAACAGUUGGGUCGUGCUUACUCAAACAUGUACGGCAUUUACUGCAUGGUGAUUUUCUUCACCACCACUAUAUCUCUAUACGGAGCGUUAUCAGAGAUCCUGGAACACGGGUUGAGUUACAAGGAGAUGGGCUUGUUCGUCAUCGUGGGGUACUGCAUGACGCUACUGUUUAUUAUCUGUAAUGAGGCGUAUCAUGCUUCGAGGAAGGUUGGUCUUGAGUUCCAAGUGCGUCUGCUAAACGUGAACCUGGGAGCAGUAGACAGGAGCACACAGCGUGAGGUGGAGAUGUUCCUCGUGGCCAUCUCCAAGAACCCGCCCAUCAUGAACCUCGACGGAUUCACCAAUAUUAACAGGGAACUGUUUACUGCUAACGUAUCCUUCAUGUCAACGUACCUCAUUGUGCUGAUGCAGUUCAAGCUUACUCUACUGCGACAAAGUGCCAGGAAGACUCUCAAAACUAUUGUCAGAGCGGUGUUCAAUACUACUACCACUAUCCUCGAUGAUGAUUUUACUGAUGAUGUUGAUGAGGAAUAA